UGAAGUUAUGUCGAAGUUGUGCUGUUGCUGCUGCCUGUCGCUGUUAUUGUUGUUCCGCGUCGGCGCAAUCUUCUUCCGUUGCCCGUCUCGAUGAUGUGGGAUUUGGAAGGGACGCGCUUGGAAAUGGUUAGAAGGUGCUACUGGUGAUUUCCCUGCCGAGGCGCACUCGGGCUUCACCACCACGCUCUUUUAUUCUUCUGCUGCCACCUAUCUCCCUUCCAUCGUCACCCGAAGUCUUCCCUUGACAUCAGAAAACAGCCGUGCAAGACAAGAGAAUCACACAGCCUAGGAGCAAUUACCAUCACCACUACAAGAGAACCGAAUCUUAGCCAUCCUCGCCAAAGAAAAUGCCACAAACAAUCACUCUUCCAGAUGGUUACGGCUAUGCUGCGGUCAUUGCCCUAGGCCUAGUCCCAGCACUCGCCUUUGUGCAAGGCAUGGUCGUCACCAACCUCCGCAAAGCCGCUGGAGUUCCGUACCCCAAUCCAUAUGCCACUCACCAGCAAGCAAAGGAGAACCCAGCCGCUCACAAAUUCAACUGUGCCCAGAGAGCCCACGCCAACCUGCUCGAGAACAUGGGCCAAACUAUGGCCUUUCUUCUUUUUUCGGCCCUCGAGUACCCAAAUGCCGCAAAAUAUUUGGGCCUUGGUUGGGUCGUGGCUCGAGUCUUGUACGCCUAUGGCUAUAUCAACGACAAGAAGACUGGCAAGGGAAGGUACCUGGGCGGUUGGUUUUGGUUCAUGCAACUGCCUCUGCUUGGUUUGUCGGUUUCGACCGCCAUCAAGUUGUUGUAGACGACGUGGCAAGGUCGAGGCUUCGAGAGGUGGUGCUAAACAAUUCUUGUCAAUGAGUUAUAACGUUUGGCAUUUCACUAGUCUUUGUCUGAGUACAACUUGUAUCCCGUACAUCGUACACAGUAGUCAUAGAUGCUCUUGGAUCACAGGCAGUCUCGACAGAUUCAAACACAUCUCAUAUCA